CUGGGAGGCGCAGUUUGGCGACUUCUUCAACGCAAGGACGAUGUACAUACAGAAGUGACUCGAGCUAAUUUGUAUUACUAGGGGACACUCAUGGAAUCUCUGGAUCUUGGAACCUACAAAGACCUAUCGGACGCGAACCACUCGGCUCGAGGAAUGUUUAAGUCAGUGUGUCGAGGCUUCAUCCCACUUACGAUAACAGCCCUCGGCGAAUCCAGUUUAUGGUAUCCCCGAAGCUGAGUCUUGGCUCGGGGGCUGGGGCUUAAACAAAGGGUGACGAUAUCAUCAAGUCACCUCUGAAUCUGGCAUUAAUGACGUUCAGGCGGGUAUAAAGCACAACCUCUGUAUUAGCAAACUUCUGCACAAUGUCACCACCCACCGAUGGCGUUGCGCAAUACAUUAUAAGAAAUCAGAGCAGUACCCUGUACGCCACCUUGGCAGACCGCACACCUCAACAAUGGGUCACUCAGAAGCAUGACAUGGGGUCUGACCCGAGUCAAAUUUGGCAGGUCUCUUAUAAUAUAGAAACUAGCAUGGCGACGAUCAAGAAUAAAGGGGCCGGGAAUUAUGCUGUGAUCAAUGACCUGACCCACUUUGUCGUCGGUGACGCAUCUCCACAGGAGUUCGAGUUAAUACCUAUGUCGGGCGUAGGCAACUAUUAUGUCAUCCAAGUGAAAAACUCUGACAGAGUGUGGCAUGUCGCUGGCUCGGAGGAAGGGGCCAAGCUCGUGGCUAGAAGCGAUAUUGACCCCAAGGAAGAUUAUGCGAAUUGGUGGAGUUUCACCUUGCUGCCAGGAGCUGUGUCGGAAGGGGAGGGCACAACAUCUCUUUGAUGAUGUCCCUAAGCAAAAGUUUGUAUGAUCGAUUGGCUUA